AUGAUCUUCUCAUUAGACGAAGAGUUGGAAAAGCUUGCGGUGACUUCCGCACCAAGUUCUCCAAAAACGUCGAGAAUUAUGGACUAUAGCGAACAUGCGAUAGCAGAUACCUUUCAAUCAAGGCUUGAACUGAAGUCACUGUCGACCUCCACAAGUGGUAGGAGGAGAUCUUCUGUCCUGGCAAAAUUUCCAGUUCUGAAUCCAAUUCAUACAAGAAGAGUUUCAAUUUCAAAUAACGACGGUACUUUCACCGACACAAAUGCUAGUGUAUCUGCUUCCAAAAUACAAAUAACCGAUUUCGAUAAUGAUGGCAAGAACAUAUCGAGAUCGAUACAAGAUUUCAAACCUAUAAGAGUCCUGGGGAAAGGCGCAUACAGUAAAGUAGUCCUCGUGAAAGAUCACCAUUCAAAUAAAUUAUAUGCUAUGAAACAGUUAAAGAAAGCUGAAAUACUAAUCAACGAAAAAGAAGUUAGAGAAGAUUCUGAAGAUCCUACAACUUUACAAAAGCGUAUUGAAAGAACUUUUGCGGAAAGAAUAAUCUUAUCCAAAUUGGAACAUCCAAAUGUUGUCAAACUUUUUUAUUCAUUUCAUGACCAUUCAAAACUUUAUCUUAUUUUACAGUAUAUCCCUGGAGGUGAGCUUUUUUUCCACUUGAAAGAGCGAGGUACAUUAGAUGAAGAUACAGUAGCAUUUUAUGCAGCUGAAAUUAGUGUUGCCUUAAAAUUUUUACAUGAUAACGGUAUUGUUUAUAGAGAUUUGAAGCCAGAAAACUGUCUUCUUAGCCAACGUGGCCACCUGGUUCUUACUGAUUUUGGUUUAAGUAAAGAAGCAGUCGAUAAUGUUAGUGAUAAUGAAAGUACUGAGCUCAAUUCUCCUGAGGAUAUUUAUACAUUGCAUUCCAUUAUAGGAACGCCCGAAUAUGCAGCUCCCGAAAUUUUACAGGGCCUACCCUACAACAAAAAUUGUGACUGGUAUUCUUUAGGUUGCUUAUUGUUUGAUAUGCUAGUAGGGAAACCACCAUACACAGGAACAAACCACAAAGUCAUUUUAAAUAAAAUUCAAAAGGACAAACAAGGCCCAAGAAUACCAUUUUAUUUGAGUGAUGGUAUGAAGGACAUGUUAAAUUGGCUUUUGAAAAAGGACAAGACAAAGAGGUGGGAUGUUGAUAAAUACUGGAGUGAAGACAAACCAUAUGAUACUAAACAACCAAACAAUAAGAAGAAGAAACCAGGUAAACAACGCAUCACAAAAUUCCAGUCACAUUUUAUAUUCAGAAAAAUCGAUUGGAAGCUUUUAGAGAACGGAGAUUUGCAAAGAACUACUGUGGGACCAAUCGUUCCCGUCAUCACAGAUUGGGAAUUGGCUGAAAAUUUCGACAUAGAAUUCACUUCAAUGUCUUAUGAAGAUGAUUAUCUUUCAGCAGGUCUCCCUAUCGAGAAACAAUCUACCGAUGUGUUCAAGGGGUUCAGUUAUAAUGCAAGUGGUAGUUACUUAGAAAAAUAUUUCUGA